AUGUCUACGGAAACCAAAGUUCCACACACCACGAACGGAGGUGUCACUGCAACACCAAUUUCCAGCGAAACUCUUGAAAAUACUGUGAGACAGAUAUGCAUCUUUGCUUCCAGCUCUGAGAUGAAGAUCGCAUCGACGAUAAUGUUUGAGAUGCAGAACCAACGGGAGCAGAUGAAGAAAAAGCAAGAUGAGCUGUCGGAAGUUCGCAAGAAGCUUAAAGAGCAGGAGGAAAACCAAACCAUUGCGAUGGAUCAAUGGUUUAUUGGAAUGCAAACACAGAAGAGCAAAUUCAAAGCCGCCGAGGGGCAGAUACAAUCACUCCGCGAAUCUAUUGCGAAAAAAGACAACAUGCUCGCGGAAUCAGCUCAGAAGAUCAAGAAAUUCGGAGAGGAGAUGAAGAAAGUCCAAUCAGAGCAUGUCAAUGAGAAAACCAAAGUCAAUCAGCUUUCCCAGGAUAUUACCUUGCUACAAAAGAAACUCAAAGAAAGUAAUGGAACCAUCGACAGCCUUCAGACCGCUGAACUAGGAAUAGCCAACUCAUUAUCGUCGGAGAGAAAGAAAACCGGGGAGCUAGAAAAAGAGCUCACUUCAAUGAAGAGCAUCGCUCAGGAGUCUCAAGAUCGACUUCAGAGGCUGGAAGGCUAUGGAUUUCGCGGCCACCAAAUGGAUGAAGACUCUAUGGUCGACGGAUUCUCAAGUCUCUGGGAUUAUGCUACAGAUCAACUGUACCACAUAAUGAUGCAAGACAUCGAUAGCGCAGUUUUGAGUAAUAAAUUUUCAUUGGGAUGCCUUCAAAAGGGUGAAGUUUCGAUUCGAAAUGUCCCUAUGCCCCUUUCAAACAGUUCCGCUGCCAAAGCAAUGCGACUUGCUGUGAUCCUAGCUAUCUUGUCAAAGGAAAUUGACAAGCAUAUCUUUCAACCCAAUUAUCUCGUUCCGGAAGAUGCUCAAUUGCGGAACAUCAUGAGCCAUCUUGCUGAGACCGAUGGCGAUAAAGAAUCUUUCUGUCGAUCAAUGCUUCUCUCGAUUGACCAACAGAGUCAGCAAGAGACACUCCAGCUCAGAAUUCAAACCCUUGUUCGCAAAGUGUCAAGCUGCGUACACGACUUCCUCUCGGAUCAGCAGUUUAAUGAGUUUCGACAGAGCGUCGCAAACAUCGUGCAGAAGGCGAUUGAUAUUUGGUUACCUAUACAGCGUAGUCAACAAAAGUAUGAGUCCGAUUUCGAUCCAGUUGACUGGAAUGACAAUGAAUGGGCCAUAUUCAAUCUCCCCGGCGAGAAUACCGAGAAGAACACCACGGCCCACGGCACUGCCAGUGACACUCUUCUGACAAUCUUUCCUCGCAUAUCUCAGGUUAAAGACAAUAGACGGCAUCCGUUGACUUUUGUCACUCAACUGACGAAAUCCCAUCCGCUAUGCAUCCAAGCAGAGCAGGAGAUCAAUAAAAAGCCAAAUAGUCCCACGAUCGGUCGCAUGUCUUUAAAUGGAACAAGACGGAAAUCCAUUGUUGCAAAUGCCCGUCCAAAUGAGGAUGGUUUUUUAGAGAAGAAAGCAAAUGGGGCGUGA